AUGUCGCAAGACAACCAGCCCGUUGAGAUAGUGGCGGAUCAGGAGAGUGACGCUCAGUCGGCAGACGGAAGUAGCUUUGCUUCUUCAAGCACCAGCCUUCGCGAGUCGAUCCUCGAGUACAGAAUCGAGAACGGCAGAACGUACCACCAGUACAAGGAUGGAGCUUACCUCUUUCCCAACGAUGAUAGGGAGCUAGAAAGACUGGACCUGGUCCAUUCUAUGUGGCUUCUGGUGACCGAUAAUCAGCUCGGUAUUGCUCCGCCAUGCCAAGAGGGUUCCAAGGUCGGCAGAGUGCUCGACAUAGGCACGGGCAGUGGAAUUUGGGCCCUCGAUUUCGGAGAUGAGCACCCUGAGUCCGAGGUCCUCGCUAUCGAUCUCUCCCCUACAAUGCCUACUUACGUUCCGCCCAACGUCAAGUUCGAGGUCAACGAUGCUGAAGACCCCUGGACGUACUCACGGCCAUUUGAAUACAUCCACAGCAGAGUUAUUACUCAAGGCAUCAGAGACUGGAAGAAGUAUCUGAAGAACUGCUACAACAAUCUCGAACCAGGCGGAUGGAUUGAAGUGCAGGAGAUCGACCUGUACCCAACCUCCGACGAUGGAACCCUCAGACCCGAUUCUGCUCUUCAAAAAUGGGCUGACUUGCUCAAGGAGGGCUCAGAAAAGCUGGGACGCCCCUUUCCCGACAUUCCUUCGCUGAAAGGACUCAUGGUUGAAGCUGGCUUCGUCGAUGUUCAGAUGACUAGGACCAAGUGGCCGAUCAAUCCUUGGCCAAAGGACCCUAAGUGGAAGGAAAUUGGCAUCUGGAACUGCGAAAAUUUGCUUUCGGGUCUCGAGGGUUUCUCCAUGGCUGCAUUGACCCGAGGUCACGACUGGUCCCGCGACGAGGUGAACGUCUUCCUCAUGGGAGUGCGGAAAGACAUCAAGGAUCGAAACGUCCAUGGCUACUGGCCGAUAUACUUCCUCACUGGACGCAGACCGGAAAAGGAGGACACCGCGCCUCCAGCACAAGUUUCAGCUGAAGCAGCGACCUCCACGGAAGCAUAG